AAACGUCAAAAUUAGCUGUCAGCUGUUUCUCUGAAAGAUUGUGGUAACUGAGUAUUUGUUUAUGCAAAAAAAUGCGUAUUUAAUCGUAUAUUCAUUUUAAAACUUCGACGAUACCUAAUACUCAACUUGAGAUUUAUUUUAAAAUAAAGGAGAAAUGAGUGAGCCAACCACGCCAAGCACACCUGGUAGCCAGGCACUGGUGAAUCUGAAAGAACGCGACAAAUCUCUACAAGAUUUUAAAGUGCCCAAUGUAGGAGCAGUACGCAAGAAAACAAAACAAAAGAUUCUCACCGAAGAAAUGUACAUUGAAGAACUGUCCAAAAUAAUACAACGUGACUUCUUUCCACAUUUGGAUAAAUUGCGUGCACAAAAUGAUUACCUCGAUGCGAUGGAGCGUAAAGAUUAUGCAGAAAUGGAGGCGAUACGUGCCAAGUACAGUGGACGCAGACCCACCGAUAGAGGCUCCAUGUCACCGGCUACUUUUGAGACACCCGCAAGUGCAAAUGGCAAUGUGACACCCCGUCAUGGCUCAGAUACACCAAAAUCAACUAUAUCGAGUUGCUCGAAAACGUCAACAAAGGGGACGGGGUCAAAGUCAGUAGCGGAUAAACAUUCGUUGGAUUCAUUUCUGCAACAUUACACCAGUGAAGACAAUUAUAGUUUUCAAGAAAUCAUCGAUACUGCCGACGAGAAAUUGCGACAGAAGUUUGCCGUGUUGUACAAUGAAGAAAAAUUGUCGGCCGACAAAUUAGCACGAGCGUUAACUCUGCCGUCUAUUGAAAAACAAUUUGAGGAACCGGAUCCACUGCGAAAGAUUGAAACUUGGGCAUAUACAAACAAAAACUCCAUUAUGUACAUCCCCGAUGGUGUAGAGCUGACCGAAAAGGAACGUGUAGAAGCUGCCAAACGACGCGAAAUAAUACAGCACAACGCUACUCGACUCAGCAGUAAUCCAUUCCUUGAGACUCCUACACAAAAAACGGGCAGUGAGGUGGGUAAAAACCAAUCGCAGGCACUGAUGAAUAAAAUCGGUCUAGACGGUAACGUCAUAACGCCGGGCAACGAAAGUGAGGGACCACAGGUGCGUGGUUUUAAUCUAGUAAAAACACCAUCACCACGUCCAGGUGAAGCAUUUUCACCGCUCAUGACAUGGGGUGAGAUCGAAGGUACGCCCUUCUGUCUCGAUGGCUCUGACACACCGGUGCGUCCAAACGUAGGACCAGCCUUCACAAUCACCGAGAAUUCGCGUCGUGAAAACAUUGCGAUCGCAUUGGCAGAGAAAGUAGGUGAAAAGAUGCGUGCGCAAAAACAAAGGGCAGCUGAUACAGCACGAAAAAAUAUCAAUUCGCCAUUCAUACGCUCAAAUAUGGAUCGUUUAGCCUCAAUGUCACCGGCGGCGAGACUUUUAGCAACCACUAAAUUAGGAUUGUGUACAACACCGCUUAUGCCCACGCCCCAACGUACGCCUGGUGCCGCCAUGCCGAGAGCCAAACUCACGCCGAAACCUGCAAAUUCCCGUAAAACGCCAGCAGGUGCAAGUAAUUCAGCACCAAGCACACCGAAACAGAUCAGUAGUGGAAAAUCAACGCUCACUGAUGAUUUGCUGAAAAUUCCUACGAAGCGAUUGCGAGCCUCUGAUUUCUUUUAAAUUUAUACCAUUUUCGAUAGAUUUACUCAAGCGCACAAAGAUGUGAGUAUGUGGUAAUAAAACCUAUUAGUAUUUAUAACAAACAAAAAUUAAAUAAAAUGACGUUUACUUAAAAAACAUGGAACAAUAAAAAACGAGUGUAAAAUUAACGAAAACCACGGUUAUCAUUAACAGCACAAAUGAAAGUGCAAUAUUCACUAUUACUAACUACUUUGUAUCCAUUGCUAGAAAAAAACAAAUAAAAUUAAUUAAAGAA